AUGGAAGCUAGGAUCCCGCUCCUGGCGCCCGUUACGCUGCGGUGGGCAUAUCGAGCCCUGUUUCACUCUUUGUUCGAAGGCUUCGCCGCGGAGGACCCGGACGGGUUCAAGCUUCAAAGACGCACCAGGUGGAUAGCCCAACGCUUCCGCCGGAAAGGGCCCACCGCACCCGAACGCCUCCACUAUAAACUAUGGGCGGACAGCUUUCUCGAACUAGGGUUGCAAUCUGGCGCAGCAGCCAUGAUUUACCUCAACGGAGAGCUCAUUGCCCAAGCAAAGUCAGGUGCGAGACCAAUAGUGUGCAGCUUCCGGGCUGAAUCAAUCGCAUUGCAAUUUGGCCUGCAGAACUUGCUGGACAUCAUUCCCCGUCAUAACACUCGACCGUGCAGAGUCUCCGCCUUCACGGAAUCCCUGCCAUUUCGCAUGGCACUCCAAACAGGUCCAUCGACAGUAACAGAUCCCGUAUUUCGAAUCCUAUGGAACCUGUUAUUGGACCUCCAACGCCGCAAGGCACGCAUACGGCUACAAUUUAUAUUUGGCCACUGUGGCGUUGCGAAGAAUGAGGCAUUUGAUAAGGAAGCCAAGGCGGCCUCUGACCUACCACAGCGCGGGGGCACGCAGAUACCGCAGGAAGCAGCGCUGGCGAAACACCACGUACGCAGCCAGCUGCCCAAACCAUCCACCCACCGCUCCAGCAUCACCGGCCAUUGCAACCCGACACGCAAUGAUCCCAGCUUUGCCCACGAAGGGGGGGAAGCCCUGGCUCCUUUUCGCACUGGUGCAUCCCACCGCUACGGCUGGCUGCUGCGAGUAUUACAGCCCACCACGCCAAAUACAUGCAGGUGGUGCAACCCCAUAGAACCCCCUCCCCCACUUAAAAAAGCCCCGCAUAGAAACGCCAGCAUUAAACCCAUAGGCAGUGCUUUUGCGUUUCCGUGA